AUGCCCCGACAUACCUCAAUAACACCCCCAACAUACCCCCAUGACGCCCCAACAUACCCACAUGCCCAACAUACCCCCAUGACGCCCCAACAUAACAUGCCAACAUACCCAUGCAUACGCCCCAUGCCCUACCCCAUGACGCCCCAUACCCCAGACACCCCAACAUACCCCAUGACGCCCCAUACCAUGACGCCCAACAUACCCCCAAUGACCCCAACAUACCCAUACACCCCACAUCCCCAUGACCCAACAUACCCACAUGCCCAUACCAACAUACCCCAUGACACCCCAACAUACCAAUGCCCCAUGACGACACCCCAUGACGCCCCAACAUACCCACAUGCCCCCAACAUACCCCCCAAACACCCCCCACAUGCCCCAACAUACCCCCAUAACACCCCAACAUACACCCGACGCCCCAACCCACAUACCCCCAACAUACCCCCAUGCCCCCAACAUACCCACAUGCCCCCAACAUACAUGACGCCCCAACAUACCAAUACGCCCCAACAUACCCAUGACACCCCACACCCCCAUACGCCCCAUACCCAACGCCACAUACCCACAUACCCCCAUGACAUCCCCAAUACCCCAUGA